GCUUCCUUGCAUGCAUAUUCAAAUAGAUAGGGAUCGAGCAAAGAUUUGAGUGUAGCGCCAUCUUUGCCGCGAAUGCUAUCAAAAGCCAACAUGUGCUUAUAUUUAAAGUGAACAAAAAGGCGCACAAGUAAUCAAUUAAGUGAAGACCAUCGAUUUACAAGUUAAAAAUAUUUUGUUUGAUAGAUUUUACCUUUUCAAAGUUAAUUCAACAUGAUGCCCAGAAUGCGAAUGCCGAUGAGAGCACCACAUCCCAUGGGACCUGGACCCCACGGUCCUGGAGGUCAUCCAGGUGGUCCUCAUGGUCCCCCCAUGCCCCACCGUGCUCCUCACAUCCCUCCACAUGGCCGACCAGGACCACCUGGACACAUGGCUGGACCCCCACGCCAGUCUAUGGCACCCCCUCAGGCUAGUGUAGGCAGUGUCACCAAUGACCCAUCUACAGCUGGGGCUAGAGUGUUUGUAGGGAAUCUCAACACGAUAGCGCUGUCCAAGGAAGAAGUGGAGGCAAUCUUCAAACGUUAUGGGGCAGUGACAGGACUGUCUAUGCACAAGGGUUAUGCUUUCAUACAGUAUGCCAGACAGGCUGAUGCUAGGAGGGCAUGUAUUAAUGAAGAUGGGAAAAUGUAUGCCAACCAAACUUUAGAUAUAAAUAUUGCAUCAGAACCAAAACAUCGGCAAACAGCAGUUACAAAUGUUGUCAAGAAGACAUCUACAAGUUUUCAAAGUACUACAGCUAAAUCUGUGGGAGUAAAUCGAACGCUAAGUGGAGGAGGACCCCCUGCCAAGAAAAUGAGGACGGACACGCAGAUAAGUGGUGGCAUUAAAAGAACACUGGUCAGUCUUACCUCUGGGGACAUGGGCACUGUAGCCAAGACUGGCCUCAACAAGAGUUCAAAUGCUGUGACCUCCAGUGCUGGCAAGGUCACGAUUGGAAAAGAUGUGCUGAUCUGUGGUGUUUGUAAAAGUCAGUUUGCCAGUCUCCACAGUCUGGCUCAACACAAGAAGACCCCAUGUCGCCUCAGGUUCUCCUGUAUAUGUAAAGAUGCACCGCCUCCAGAGAGCCCUGAGCCAGCCGUCUUGUUCUGUGCUCAUUGUGACGCCCAGUUUGCAGCAUGCUGGGAUCUUGUUCUCCACGCACAGCAGGAACACAGCCUAUCCAUCUACAAACAGGAAGGAGAGGAAAACACAGAAGUAGUUGUCGAGGAGGUGUUGGUCGCGGACGGAGAGGGAGAAGUCAACGGGGAGUGAGCAGGGAAUGUGUCAUCUCCCUGAGGGUGAGGAGAGUUCACUGUUUAUUGUCAAAAGUUCAUUUUACAGUCCUGGCCAGUGGCUAGCACAAACGACUCACAGGAUUUACAAGGGAGGUAACCAACACCUGGGAUCUGUAGCCACAAGCUGUAGUAAAUUGUUGCAAUUUUUGUUAUUAUUUGAUGAGCUUGUUCAAGGUAUCUGGUAUCUAUAAGUGUAUUGUACAUUUUGUUUUGCAUAAUUAGAAUAUUUUGUUGUGGGCACCAUUGUUCCUGUGUUGAGACGGGUAACACAUCCACUUAGUUGAUCAGAUGUGGAUUCAGAUGCUGAUUUUCAAACUUCGAGUGCAUAGAUUUAAGAUUGAGAAUUUUUUGAAUUGCAAUGAAUUCUUUUUCUGGCAAAUUGUCAGACUGAUCUAUUAAUUAAUCUGUAAUAUGAAUUUUGCUCUAUUACAAGCAUGUGUUGAGUCGAUUCUGUUAUUGCAAUAGCUCCAUGAUUUUAGAUGUAUAAAAGUGUUUAAAAAUACAAUGCCACAUUUUCCAUUAUGCCUUCAUGUUUAGUCUAAAGGGCGUUUUUGUUCAAACACUGAGUUUGUGUUCGGACAUUGAACUGUCCCAGCCAUUACUUCGAGGGGAGACCAUUGAUGUAAAUAUGGUAAUGUUACAUUUUUGUUUGGUGUAUUAUGACUAGGGUAUAUCAAGUGGAUUAUUUGAUGUGCAUUUAUCAAAUUGUUACUGUAGCAUAAACUUCUUGUAAAUGUUCAUUUCUCAUCAUGGAGUUCUCUUUGUAUGUAUGUAUAUAGAUGUUCAUUUCCCACCAUAGUAAAUCAUCCUUUAAUCAUAUUGGAAAUAAUAAUUAGGUCUAUCCUUUAAUAGAUAAUUACUUGUUAUUUUUUUUUGUAAAUCCGACCAAUGUCGAAAACAAUUUCACUGUGUGUGUAUCUCGAUAAUAUUGAUGAACUGUAGCAGUAAAGUCUUUGUUGUUCAUUCAGUCUUUUAUAACAAGUCCCAAAUGUGUUUUUUAGAUAGCGACGUCAAACAAUUAUUAUUUGUACAUUUUCAGUUAAUUAAAACUUUGUCAAUAUUUCACCUGUUGUCAAUGAUCCAUCUAUUGGUUUCUGUUUCAUUCUGUUAAUUGAUCAGCUAUUAAUUCAUUAUUGAUCGUUUGUUUUGACCCUUUUCAGUAAAUAGUUAAAUGAUUAUCAACGAUGACAUGUUAUUACCUGGUAAACAAGUAAUAUCUUCCGAUUUUGUAGAAUUUUGUUGGUACUGAUUUUUCAAGCUUUUCUUCAGGGAAGAACUUGUUUUGAGAAAGUAUUUAGUUAUAUGUUUAACAUAAAUUUUGUACCGUGCAACCUGUUACGUUUUAUGUCCAAAAAAUUCAUGGAAAAAGUUCAAAUUUUUGAAGAACAUUCUAAAUUGAAAAAUAUUUGAAUAGCUUGAAUUUUUGUAUCAAUUUCCCAUUAUUAAGUAAUGUGUUAUAUGUACCCUUUGUUCCACGAAUCUUUGUCGAAAGUAAUUUUGAUUUAUGUAUUUGUUAACAUAAAUUUUUUUCUCAAAUAAAAUAACAUCUAGGGACAAUUA